AUGUUGUAUUUCUCCCCUCGAGGUGGUCCGUCCCUUGUCAAUGAUAAGAUGAUGAUCACGCUCAUGGAAUUGGCUUUCCAGACCGCGCGAAAUGGCCUCUUCUGCGCCGCAGAGUUAGCCCACGCACGACCGAAGUGGGAAUCCUGGAUUGUGGUGGCUGCGAAGCGUCGCGCAAUCUUCACUAUGUACCUUUUCAGUAGCGUAUACAACGCCGACAGGCUACUCCCAAAUUUUGUGGCAGACGAGAUGAGAGGAGUGUAUGCACCGGGGAAUAAAGCUUUAUGGGAAGCCAAAGAACGAGAAACGUGGAGCAGAGAAUACGAUAGAUAUCUCUUACAGUGGGAGGAUGGGAUACUGGAGAUCUCGGAAUUAUGGAGGUCAGCGGAAACGGGCUCAGCCGAGCGCAGGGAACGAAUCGAGCGAUGGGUGCAGUCGGCGGAUGAGUUCGGGAUGACGCUAUUCGGCGUUUGUGCCCAUAUCCAUGGCUGUUGA